UUCAAUUAGAAUUGUGUGUCCCUCUCUCUUCUCUAUUCCUUCAAGGCAACUACAAUUACAUUGCGUGCCUCCUUCUAAAAACCAUAGUUCUGACUUUCUCCGAUCAACUAUGGCUUAUUUAGCUCCGAUUUCCCCAUCCUUAUCAAUCUUCAAAAACCCCCUACUCACCAGAAUCCAAUUCGCUUUUUCCCCACCGAACCCACUUUUCUCUCGCCCUAGGAUUCAGAAUCUAAGGAUGCCCAUGAACAAGCGGUCGUCAUCUUCGGUGGUGGUUGCGGCCACGACGGCGGCAGAAAAGCAGAAAAAGAGGUAUCCAGGAGAAUCAAAAGGGUUUGUGGAGGAGAUGAGGUUCGUGGCGAUGAGACUUCACACGAAAGAGCAGGCCAAAGAAGGAGAGAAAGAGACCAAAUCUCCUGAAGAACGCCCUGUGGCGAAAUGGGAACCGACUGUUGAAGGUUACUUGAGGUUUUUAGUUGAUAGCAAAUUGGUUUAUGACACGCUUGAAGGGAUACUUAACGAAGCCACUCUCCCAAGUUAUGCCGAAUUCAAGAACACGGGAUUGGAAAGGGCGGAGAAAUUGGCCAUUGAUUUGGAGUGGUUCAAGGAACAAGGUUACGAGAUUCCAGAACCAACUGCUCCUGGUAAAACAUAUUCUCAGUAUUUAAAGGAUUUAGCAGAGAAGGAUCCUCAAGCAUUCAUUUGUCACUUCUACAACAUCUACUUUGCCCACAGCGCCGGUGGCCGAAUGAUUGGAAGAAAGGUAGCAGAGAGAAUACUUGACAAUAAAGAACUUGAGUUCUACAAAUGGGACGGAGAACUUUCCCAAUUGUUGCAGAACGUGAGGGAAAAACUGAACAAAGUUGCCGAGGAAUGGACAAGAGAAGAAAAGAAUCAUUGUUUGGAAGAGACCGAGAAAUCGUUCAAGUAUUCUGGUGAGAUACUUCGUCUCAUAUUGUCCUGAUGUGAUUCACAGUCUCUCUAGAUCUCUCAGUACGGCUUGUAGCAACUAAAAACCUGCUCAAGUUUAUAUUCCUGUUACAUACUGAUUCUCUUCUGCUUGUAUUAAAUUCUUCUUUGCUUCAAAGCUAUUACAACGUUUUACGUUAAAAGUUAACAACUAUUGAUA